UACACGCACCUGCGCUGAUCGAAGGUUCUCGAUACAGCUUCUCUACUUUGUGUUGUAUGCCUGCGACGCACCAAUCCUAGUGCACACUUUGAGUGGUGACAGAGGGAUACCAUUAUGUCAUCUUGGCAAAGUUGGGAAUAGUGUCCCAAUGCCAUGCCAUCCAGUUCCGAGCCGAGCGGAGCUAGGCAGCCGCACGGAACACCCAAGAUACUGGUAGUGUGUUCUACAGCACACUACACGUGUAAGUUCCUUCUUAUUGAGGUUGAUUCUCUAACAUCAGCCGAAGCCCGGGUCCGGUCUCCAAUGCUCAUCGUAUCAGCGCGAAUAAAACCCAGCUGGUAUAGCGGCCCUGUUCGGCCCCCCACCCGAAGCAUGUGCCGAAAGGAGAGCCGCUGCAGUACUCUAGUUCCCAUCCAGAGCUCGCCAUGCCGGAUCAGAUACGGGGGGUGGGAUAAGACGUCAUGGCCAAGCCAGCGUUCUGCAGCCUCACCGCCCCGGUCAACCCACCUCGGGGUGAAGAGUAUUGGGCAGUAUCAACAUGUUACCUACAUCUAUUACUGGCCGUUUCUCGUGUCUCUUGGCGGCCGGCACAGCAGGAGGUGAUUGAACUGGACUCCACUAUCAAACGGGUUUCCAGAUGGAGAUCCAAGAGACUUGAAAUGCAACCGAAAUACAUACUCCGUACAUAGAGUUACAGUAAGCGGAAGCGGGUGGUCUUUGUUGAACCCAGGCGAGCAGACUUUCCCUCGAGCCGGCUGAUCGUCGUGAUGCCGUGAUUGCACAACCCGGCA